AUGGCAGAAAUUAUCCUCUCCAGCGUUGCUGAAGGGAUUCUUGGAAUGUUGGGUUCUUUUGCUGCUGAAGAGAUCAUAUUACUGUGGGGUGUAAAGGAUGAGCUUGAACAACUUGAGGACACUGUUUCAACAAUCAAAGGUGUACUCCUCGAUGCCGAGAAGAAGCAGAACCAUAACAAUCAAGUCAAGGUUUGGCUUCAGAGGCUUCAAGAAGUUGUUCUUGAUGCUGAUGACUUGGUGGAUGACUUAUCUUAUGAAGCUCUGAGAAAGAGUCUGUUGCCUGGAAACAACAACAUGGUCAAGCAGAUGGAACAAUUGCAGCAAAUUCUUCGUGAAAAAAUAAAUGGAAAACGGUAUCUUCUUAUACUCGACGAUAUUUGGAACGAGGAGCAAGAGAAAUGGGACUACUUGAAAAGCUUAUUGUUAAGUGGUGCUGAAGGUAGUAAAGUAAUAGUAACCACACGAAAGGAAAUUGUUGCAAGGAUUACAGGCACAAUGAAGGCCUAUGGCUUAAAAGCCAUGGAUAAAGAGAAAUCUUGGGCACUAUUUACGAAAAUAGCUUUGAAGCAAGGACUAGAGUCGAAUAUCAGUUCCAAUAUUUUAGAAAUUGGAAAGCAUAUCGUGGACAAGUGUUGCGGAAUUCCUCUUGCAAUAAGAACAAUUGGAGGCGUAUUACGUUUAAAAAAUCCAGAAACGGAGUGGUCUUCAUUUAUGGAAAAAGAGCUUUCAAAGAUACCUCAAAAGGAAGAUGAUAUAAUUUCAACGCUUAAAUUGAGUUAUGAUCAUCUUCCAUCAAGCUUGAAACAGUGUUUUGUAUAUUAUUCUUUAUUUCCUAAAGAUUAUGAAGUUGAUGUAUAA